CCUUACUGUCCCACCGUGCUGCAUAUCUCCCAAAACAUGGCACCUACGGCUACCGUCCUAUUAAAGGAAGACAGCAACAAUGUCGCGUCUGGUGCUAUGGGUCUAGCGAAAGAUGGGCGGAAGCUCAAGAUCCGCUCAUACCCCAAAUUCGACACUCUCCACGAAGAAAGAAACUACCGAAAACAACACCUAGCUGCAGCUUUCCGCGUCUUUGCCGAUCGAGGAUACGACGAGGGCGUCGCGGGGCACAUCUCUGUUCGAGACCCCAUCUUGACAGAUCACUUCUGGCUUAACCCGUUAUCCAUGCACUUCGCCUUGAUCAAAGUCUCGGACCUGAUUCUAGUCAACGAAGACGGAGAGGUUGUUGAGGGAGACGAGCCUAUCAAUGGGGCCGCAUUUGCCAUUCAUUCGGAGAUCCAUAAGGCUAGACCCGAGGUUAAUGCUGCGUGUCAUGCGCACUCUGUCCAUGGAAAGGCGUUUAGUGCGUUCGGUCGGGAACUUGAUAUGAUUACGCAGGAUUCGCUGCGUUUCUAUAAGAGUCAUGCUGUUUAUACGGAGUUUGGGGGUGUGGUGCUGGAUAGGGAGGAGGGGAAACGGAUUACACGGGCGCUUGGGAAUGGGAAGGCUGCUAUUUUGCAGAACCAUGGGUUGCUGACGGUUGGUGGGAGUGUUGAUGAGGCGGCGUUUUGGUUUAUCAGUUUGGACAAGACAUGCCAUGCGCAGCUUCUUGUUGACGCGGCUGAGCUGGGGAGUGGUCAUAAGAGGAAGAUUAUCAAUGAUGAGGAGGCGGAAUUCACGUCGAAGCAGGUUGGGGGGCCAGAAAAGGGGUGGUUGGCGUUCCAGCCAUAUUACGAUGAGAUUCUUGCGAGAACCAAUGGUGGGUUCUUGCUGUGA